AUGGAUCAAAAAAUCAAUUUAACAUCAACUUUGAAAUCCAAUUCUCCGAUUGAUACUUCAACAAUUAUAAAUAACAACAAUAUCGAACCGAAAUUCUUAUUGUCUUCAAAUUUCGAAUCAAAUCAUUUUUUUACGGAGUCUCAAGGGAUUACAUUUGCAGAUGAUGAACGUGCUACUCAUCAAAAUUUGAUACAUAAUUGGAUGUUACCCAUUUUCUCUUUACCCACUCCUCAUCUAUCAAUACAAUCAAAUAUUAACAAUACAAACAUCUUCAUGAAUCAUCCGACUCCUAGUCCAACUUCAACUUGCUCCGAUAGUAUCUCUACAAUACCUGGAAGUAUUUCUUUCGCACAACCAUUAGAUAGUUCACAAUCAACUUGCUCCACUUCAGUUGCUAAUCCUACCACCACAUCUCAACGAAACAAUUCGACCAGUCCUACGACAAGGAAUCGUCAUGAAUGUGAUUGGCCCGGAUGCACUUGGAGCUUUAAGAGGCUCGAACAUCUGAAACGACACAUGAUCACUCAUACCGGCGAACGAAAAUAUACUUGUAAUUAUCCUGGUUGUGGUAAAAGGUUUGGACGUUCGGAUAAUUUCGCGGCUCAUUUUCGAACUCACAAUAAGACCAAUCCUCGACGAUCUCGCGGUACUGCAAAGUCUAGUAAUAAAAUCCAAUUCAAUAAUUUGAUUGAUACAAGACAAAUUCAAACCGCCGAUAAUAAUGGGAUGUCACUUAAUUUGAUGCAUAAUAAUCCGAUCUCACAAAAUACCGUUACACAAGAACUUGGUUCAGCUUAUUCGCUCUUUUGUGAUGACUCGAAAGAUAAACGGUAUUUUUAA